GGGGGAGUUGUCCGCUUCUAAAUAAUCCGAUUGGGCCGUCUUAAAAAGGGCGAACGCUUCUUUUCUACUUUGAAAACCCGCCUUCUGCUGCGGUACAGAAAUAGAAAUAGAAAGGUUUGCCUGAAAGAGCAAGAGAGGGAGAGGAAGGAACGUCAGUGAGAAGAAAACUUCUUUAUCUCAAUUUCGCGUCCGAGCGAUUAGCCAGAGAUCUUUAUCUUCCGUUUGCUGAGCAUCAGCAACGUAAAGGAGGCUAUUACCUAGCUAACCAGCCUGGCUGAACACCAAGCCGGGGGGUCGUAAAUAGCCAAGUUUACACAGAUACCGAGAAAGCAUUUCCCACUUACGCCUCUUUAAUUACGUUUAUCAGCCCUUAAGUUAGCCUGACACCUUCCAGUCGUUGCAUUUUUUGAGGGAAUGGCACUGGACUUCGCUGCUGGAUGUGUAGGAGGUGCUGCCGGUGUUUUGGUUGGGCAUCCGUUUGAUACUGUAAAGGUGGGUGUCUGCUGCAUCCUCUUUGCUGUUUGCUCAUUAGUCACAAAAAAAAAUAAAUAAAUAAAAUGCAGUACUAUGCUGACAGCCUGAAUUUAAAUCCAGAUAAGCUGAGAGUACACAAUGAGCCCAAGAGAGGAAUGGGAUGACUGAGCAAGAGGAAUAAAUCUUCUGAUUAGUUAGAGUUCAGAACGGGACAGUGCGUUCACUUCUUUACAGAUUUCAAUGAAACCAUUAUUUAUCAAAGGAUUUGUAGGGAUGGUUAAUUAGCUGAAUAACUAGUAGUCACAUAGCCUAUAUGAUCAUCACUAUGUACCUGCAGAGUCCCACAUGAUUUUAUAUGCAUUAAAGUUAGUUGUAGUUGUUAUGGUUGAAAUCCAAUUCAUUUUUAUCACAACUUUUACAUGAUCUGUGGUUGAGGCAUAGGAUUUAUGUGAGUGAACCUAAAAACAUAAUUUUUCUUUACUUGAUGCCAUUCGCGUAUUAAUGUUGCAUAGACUGGAUUAAGCAGUGGCGAAGUGAGAGACUUGUGUGAAUGUGGAGCAUCCGCUUUAGAGGCAAGCAGUGAGAGAAUGGUUUGGUUAUAGUUCUUUUACACCCUUGCUUUCAAUGUCAUUUCUCCCUGAGCCGGUGUCUGCUUGGGGCUCGGAGGCUGUCUUUAACAGCAACAGUGUCACUGUGUUGUAGAUGAGAGAGAGAAAUAAACAACCUCUCCACGGAAAUGUGACCUAGUGCGGCUUCAGGUUCAAAAUGUGAACAAACCUAUGUACCGUGGGACGUUCCACUGCUUCCAAUCAAUCAUACGCCAGGAGUCGGCGCUGGGUCUGUACAAAGGUAUCGGGUCUCCAAUGAUGGGUUUGACUUUCAUCAAUGCUAUAGUUUUUGGUGUCCAGGGAAACACAAUGCGCAUGCUUGGCCGCGAUACACCUCUCAACCAGUUCUUGGCUGGAGCCUCUGCUGGAGCUAUCCAGUGUGUCAUUUGCUGUCCAAUGGAGCUGGCCAAGACACGUAUGCAAAUGCAAGGAACUGGAGAGAAGAAGUCUAAGAGGAAAAUGUACAAGAACUCCCUGGACUGUCUGGUGAGAAUCUACAAUAAGGAAGGGAUCAGAGGGAUCAAUCGUGGUAUGGUUACCACCCUGGUGCGCGAGACGCCGGGUUUUGGGGUGUACUUCCUUGCGUAUGAUGUGCUGACACGUUCACUGGGUUGUGAGCCAGAAGACCCCUACAUGAUCCCCAAGCUGCUGUUUGCUGGUGGCAUGUCAGGCAUAGCUUCCUGGCUGUCCACCUAUCCUGUGGAUGUGAUCAAGUCACGCCUGCAAGCGGACGGGGUCGGCGGCGUUUACCAGUAUAAUGGUAUCAUGGACUGUGUCAGGCAGAGCAUACAAAAGGAGGGGUGGAGAGUGUUCACUCGUGGACUGACGUCUACUUUGCUCCGUGCAUUCCCAGUGAAUGCCACCACAUUUGCCACUGUGACUUUGUUCUUAAUGUACAUGCGCGAGGGUGGAGAGUGUAGCAUUCCAGACUCUGAGCCGCCGUCUGUCCAGCUGCAGCCUCUGCAGACGCAGACACAGCCGACCAGCAUGUAAGCUGGGGUGCAACAGUGAGUGUUAUUAAUUUUUCAGCAAACCUAUCUGUAGACAGUUUUUACACAGGUCAAGGAUCUGUUAAUUAGUGUCCACAAUCACAGAGGAGAGCUACGUUUUGGGUAAGCAUCUGUCCAUAAAGCUUAAACCAAGUGGUCUCACAUAGUAUUUAAAUAAUAUAUAUUUUAAGAGAAAAGCUGCACUUGUAAAUAUGUUCUCUUUGCUUUUGUACAUAUUUUGCUUUUUUUAAGCAAAUUUAAAUAAACUUGACAGUUACAAGAGUUACUGUAACAUACAGUGACGGUUACAGAUGUCCCGAAAAUGUUGAACACUUUGAUCCUAAUGAUGCCGUUUUCAUCCUAUAAUAUUACACAAGCCUAAACACACAGCACGGCGUUUGGUAUAUUUGUGAAUCGGUGCUGUUUAUCCUGUUACUUUCUACCAUUAGUAAAAUGAAGAUGAUUUUCAGGGUAAUUUUUAAUAGUGAAAAAUUAUCCUGUUUAGCAUCAUGUGAACACUGUUUUGUAGCAUUUUGUGUAAACGGUUACAUGCAAAUUUUCAGUAAUGCUUCAUGUAGCUUGAACUGGAUUAGUCAGAAAUUUUAAAAGGUAAAUAAAAUAAAAAAAUCACAAUGCAGUUUUUUCACCUAAAGAUGUCCCCUCUCUGCCCCAAGUCGCUAGACAAACACUGGCUCGCACACAUGCCUUGAAAUGUGCACAGAAGACAAGCUGUGAUUUCGGGCUCUAGCUACUACGACUACUGAGCUACUGGUAAUCGCUAAUAGAGGGUUAAACUGUCGCUUGUACUGAAUGACCUUUGCUAUAAUGUUCAAUCAAGAAAAACUGUUACGAAAGCUAGGUUUCAAGGCCAGUCGCUUUUCUUUCCAGGAAAGAGGGUGAAAUUUUAGAAGCGAUUGUCUACAUUGCUGCUGGGGAUCAGACUUGUGACUUCUUAACAUCCCCUUAGAAAUAGCCACCGCAGUCAUGUGUUGGAAGAGUAAAGGGAGGAUCAGAACAAAAUUCAUCAGUCCUCGGCUGGAAUGGAAACUGGGGGGAAAAAAAAAAAAGUGUCUUGACUUUUUUCAUUUCAGUCAGGCUUUUCACCAUCGUAAUCUCAGCAUCUCACUGAAAAGAUGCGAUUGGCUAAAGUCUCUGAUGCUAGAUUUUGUUUUGGGUUUUUUGGCAGAAAAUUCAAAUUUUUGGACAAUGGAGUGUUGAACCUUCUGGUGAAAUUUAAAAAAAAAAAAAAAAA